AUGUACCAUGCCCCUGUGCCCUGUGCUGAAGAAACCUCGGUCCUCCCCAAAGUGUCGCAAGUCAUGCCCUUGGGGGAUGGUGGUUUCAUCAUAUACAUACAACAAGUGACGUUGACCCAGAUCAGUCGCGGCGCCAGCGAUGGCCUAACAACGGCCCGGUCAGCCGUUCCCCAGACCCCGCACGUUUUCCUCCACACUGCCAUCGCCAGUGCAACGCCUGGCAUCCAGAAUGCUACUUUGCCGAGACGGCAUUUGAAAGGCCUCGCUUGGGUAUCCAGCACCCUGCUAAAGAGCACUUGGAAGGUGUUGUCAGUCUGCGCACUCGCUUCUCUUCUUCAAGCCCGGAGCUUCACACCGAGAGAGCUUCAUCGUGUGCGAGCCGGCGUGUUCAGCUGA